AUGGCGAGUCUUCAAAAGCUGAUCAUCACUCUGCUGCUGGUCUGUACGGCCUCUUUCCUCUACUUUGCUCAGACGGUCGAAGCCCAAAAAGGCCCCAAGAUCACGCACAAGGUCUACUUCGACAUUCAGCAUGGCGACGAGGAGAUUGGAAGGAUUGUGAUGGGUCUGUACGGAGGGACUGUGCCCAAGACCGCCGAGAAUUUCCGCGCUCUUGCUACCGGCGAGAAGGGCUUCGGGUAUGAAGGCUCGACCUUCCAUCGCGUCAUCAAGGACUUCAUGAUCCAAGGCGGCGACUUUACGAGGGGCGAUGGCACUGGCGGGAAGAGCAUCUACGGAGACAGGUUUGCCGACGAGAACUUCAAGCUCAAGCAUACCAAGAAAGGGCUCCUGAGCAUGGCAAACGCCGGCAAGGACACCAAUGGCUCCCAGUUCUUCAUCACCACCAUCAUCACCUCCUGGUUGGACAACAAACACGUGGUAUUCGGCGAGGUAUUGGAGGGCUACAGCGUGGUGGAGGCCAUUGAGAACUGCGCGAAGGGCGCAGGAGACAAGCCCGUCAAGGCGGUCAAGAUUAUCAAGAGCGGGGAGCUGGAGGUGCCUGACGAAGGUAUUAGAGCGGAACUUUAG